ACUUUGACUAUGGAAGCAGAGGCUACUGAUGGAUAUAUAACAUGUGACAAUGAGCUUUCGCCCGAAAGGGAGCACUCCAACAUGGCUAUUGACCUCACUUCAAGCACACCCAAUGGGCAGCAUACCUCACCGAGUCACAUGACAAGCACAAAUUCAGUAAAGCUAGAAAUGCAAAGCGAUGAGGAGUCUGACAGGAAACCCCUAAGCCGUGAAGAUGAGAUCAGGGGUCACGAUGAAGGAAGCAGCUUGGAAGAACCCCUCACUGAGAACAACGAGAUGGUGGACAACAGAAAGAUCCAGGAGCUGUCAGGCGAGGGAGGAAUCCGGCUUCCGAAUGGUAAACUGAAAUGUGACGUCUGUGGCAUGGUUUGCAUUGGGCCCAAUGUGCUUAUGGUACAUAAAAGGAGCCACACUGGUGAGCGCCCCUUCCAUUGUAACCAGUGUGGAGCUUCUUUUACGCAGAAGGGGAACCUGCUGAGGCAUAUCAAGUUACACUCUGGGGAAAAACCGUUCAAAUGUCCCUUCUGCAGCUAUGCCUGCCGGAGAAGGGACGCCCUCACAGGACACCUCAGGACGCACUCUGUGGGUAAGCCUCACAAGUGUAACUACUGCGGCCGGAGCUACAAGCAGCGCAGUUCGCUGGAGGAACACAAGGAACGCUGCCACAACUAUCUUCAGAAUGUCAGUAUGGAGGCUGCUGGGCAGGUCAUGAGUCACCAUGUACCUCCUAUGGAAGAUGGUAAGGAACAAGAGCCUGGGAUGGACAACAAUAUUUCUCUGGUGCCUUUUGAGAGACCUGCUGUUAUAGAGAAGCUGACAAGCAACAUGGGAAAGCGUAAAAGCUCCACCCCACAGAAGUUUGUGGGUGAAAAGAUCAUGAGAUUUGGCUAUCCAGAUAUUCACUUUGAUAUGAACUUAACCUAUGAGAAAGAGGCUGAGCUGAUGCAGUCUCACAUGAUGGACCAAGCCAUCAACAAUGCAAUCAACUACCUUGGAGCUGACGCACUUCACCCCCUGAUGCACCACACACCAAGCACAAUUGCAGAGGUGGCCCCAGUCAUCAGCUCAGCUUAUGCUCAGGUCUAUCAUCCUAACAGGAUAGAAAGGCCCAUUAGCAGGGAAACAGCUGACAGUCAUGAAAACAACAUAGAUGGCCCUAUCUCCCUCAUCAGACCAAAGAGUCGACCCCAGGAAAGAGAGGCCUCCCCCAGCAAUAGCUGCCUGGAUUCUACUGACUCGGAGAGCAGCCAUGAAGACCGCCAGUCCUACCAAGGAAACCCUGCCUUAAAUCCCAAGAGGAAGCAAAGCCCAGCUUACAUGAAGGAGGACACCAAGGCUUUGGAUGCCACAAAGGCUUCUAAGGGCUCUUUAAAGGAUAUCUAUAAGGUCUUCAAUGGAGAAGGGGAGCAGAUUAGGGCCUUCAAAUGUGAGCACUGUCGAGUUCUUUUCCUAGACCACGUCAUGUACACCAUCCACAUGGGUUGUCAUGGCUACCGGGACCCAUUAGAAUGCAACAUUUGUGGGUAUCGAAGCCAGGACCGCUAUGAGUUCUCGUCGCACAUUGUUCGAGGGGAGCACACAUUCCACUAG